ACGCUUCCUGGUUGUCUACAAAUGGACAAAUAAACUUGUUUUCAAACGUGUGCUGCGGUGGGAAAGUCGACCUUCGCGUGACCGGCCGGGCAAAAAUGUCGCCGAGGAGCAGCUGCAGCCUGGUCCUGGCCUUCGCCUGCUGCCUGUUUGUCGCCGCACACUGCACGUUUCGCACUUUGGAGCACAUCAAACCGCAAGCGAGCGACAAGGCGCAGGGCAGAGCGGUGGCGGGGCUGCUGCGCCGCCUGCUCGGCAACAGGUCCGCGGAGUUCGUGGUGUCGGUGAACCGGAGCCUCUCCAACGACAGCCUGGACGUGUGCGAGCUCCGCUCCAGCAAGAGCAACAAGGUAGUGGCCGUGGGCAGCACCGGCGUGGCCGUGGCUUCCGGCAUCUACAACUACCUCAAGUACUUCUGCAACUGCCAUGUUUCGUGGUCCGGGAACCAGGUGGCUCUGCCCAGUCCGCUGCCCAGGCUCACCGGCGUGCUGCGCAUCAACACCCAGCACAGGUUCCGGUAUUACCAAAACGUCUGCACCUUUAGUUACUCCUCGGUGUGGUGGGACUGGCCCAGGUGGGAGAGAGAGAUCGACUGGAUGGCGCUCAACGGAAUCAACCUGCCACUGGCCUUCACUGGCCAAGAAGCCCUGUGGCAGGAGGUUUACCGCGCUCUCGGCCUCAACCAGUCAGAGAUCGAGGAGUUCUUCGCCGGCCCUGCGUUUCUCGCCUGGAACCGUAUGGGGAACAUGUUCCGCUUCGGCGGACCGCUGCCUCAGUCCUGGCACGUGAACCAGCUACUGCUCCAGUUUAAAAUCUUGGAGCGAAUGAGAGCCUUUGGUAUGAUUCCUGUGCUGCCAGCCUUCUCCGGGAACAUUCCCAAAGGAAUCCUCAGGUUGUAUCCGAAGGCAAACGUGACCAGAUUGGGAUCUUGGGCUCGGUUCAACUGCAGCUUCUCGUGCUCCUAUAUCUUGGACCCUCGUGACCCACUUUUUCUCCAGAUCGGUACCCUCUAUCUGUCCCAGGUGAUAAAGCAGUUUGGAACAGAUCACAUCUACAACACUGACACCUUCAAUGAGAUGACACCGCCGUCCUCGGACCCCGACUACCUGUCUGCCAUCAGCCGCUCUGUCUUUGCCUCAAUGACUGCAGUGGAUCCUCAGGCUAUUUGGCUGAUGCAAGGCUGGCUGUUCUUUAAUGAAGCAUAUUUCUGGAAGCCAGCCCAGAUUGAAGCCCUACUACACGGAGUACCCCUCGGACGAAUGAUUGUGUUGGACUUGUUUGCCGAGACCGAGCCAAUUUACUCCUCCACCAAGUCUUUCUACGGACAGCCGUUCAUCUGGUGCAUGCUGCAUAACUUUGGAGGGAACAGUGGUUUUUACGGCACGGUGGAGAGCGUCAACUCGGGGCCCUUCAAAGCCCUGAGCUUCCCGAACUCCACCAUGGUGGGCAUAGGUAUGACGCCCGAGGGGAUUGAGCAGAAUCCUGUGAUGUACGAGUUGAUGAGCGAGCUAGCGUGGCGCAAGGAGCCCGUCAACUUGUCCAAGUGGGUGUCCCUGUAUGCGGCGCGCCGCUAUGGCAGCACCCAGGAAAACCUGGCGGCCGCGUGGAAGCUUCUCAUUGCCAGCGUCUACAACUGCACCAUUCCAGGCUACCUGAACCACAACCACAGCCCGCUGGUGCGCCGGCCGUCCUUCCGCCUGAAUACUGGCCUUUGGUACGACCCGGCCGACUUGUAUAAAGCCUGGAAGCUGAUUCUAGAGGCAGCGCCCCCCCUCAUGUCGAAGGAGACCUUCCGUUACGACCUGGUGGAUGUGACCCGGGAGGUGCUGCAGGUUCUCACGUCAGCCUUUUACCUGGAUAUCGCAGACGCCUACGGGAACCAGCGGCUGCCGGAGCUGCUGACGGCGGGCGGCGUGCUCGUCUACGACCUGCUGCCCGAGCUGAAUCGCCUGCUGAGCAGCGACAGCAACUUCCUGCUGGGGCGGUGGCUGGAGCAGGCACGCUCCCUGGCCCUCAACGAGGACGAGGCGCAGCUCUAUGACAUGAACGCCAGGAACCAAAUCACACUGUGGGGUCCUGACGGCGAGAUUCGGGACUACGCCAACAAAGAGUGGGCAGGCCUGAUGGAGGACUACUACGCCCAGCGCUGGGCCCUGUUCGUCCACACGCUGGUGGACUGUCUGAACAGUGGACGCCCUUUUAAGCAAGACGCCUUCAACCAGGAGGUUUUCCAGGUAGAAAAAGGGUUCAUCUUCAACAAAAGGAAGUACCCAACCAAGCCUCAGGGCGAUACGUACGAGAUCGCCCACCGGAUCUUCCUCAAGUACUACCCACAGGCUCUGAAGAGACUAUAAUGACGUGUGUAGGAGAAAAAAAACUUGUCUCAAGUUGCAGCAAGAAGAAUGUCUUCCUCCAGUAUAACGUGGCUAUCCCAAAACCGUUUGAUCAAAUCCUCAAUUACUACAGAUGACAUGAACUGUUCACUUUAGUCUUAGUCUAUAUUCAACUAUAUAGUCUUCUAGAUAAGGGAAGUGGGAGGUAAUGGCUUCAGAUGACAGGUGUCGCUUUCAUGGUUUUCAAUGCAUUGAUCAGCAUAUUCCUUCUUACAGAGUGAGAUGUUCAGUGGAUGAGCCUCAGGAAAUUAACACAUCCCCUCACAUCAACUGACCUAAAGUGAAUUUAAACCUGCACCUUUGCCUGGUGGUUCUUGGGACUUUUAGUUCCCAAACAGUAGAGACGGUAAGACGGCCAGUGAGCUUCUGCAAAGGUUUUUUGAACAGGGAUUUGUUUAAUUCUAAGGCUUGUUGUGGGUCAUUUAUUACUCCUGCAUGUUGUUUUGUUCUUUUUACAAAUUUAUUUUUAUAAAAACUAGUGGAACAAAAACCUACUCUAACCUGGCUGCUAGUUUAGUUCUAGUAGCAACACUUUUCUAUGUUUGGGGAGAAUGAAGGAGUAUUGUAACAUUAAUGAUUGAGUACAACUGACUGUUGUAACACAUUUUAUGUUGCCGUCUGUAGGUGUUGGUUUUUGCAAAAGCUAUUUUUGUAUUUUGAUGAAAUGAACUAUUGUGAUUCUCAGGCAUGUCAUAAGUCUUACGGCUUCGUGACCAAUACAAUGAUUUUAUUCUGUA